UGUAACCAUGAAAUCGUAAGUGCGAAGUUGAUGAGCGCUCCAUAAAGAACAUGUGUUAUGCGUUCCAUUGAGCGCACACAUUUAAGCCAUGGAGAUAUCAAAGAUAGCAAAAUGCUUGGUGAAAAGUGUGACAACUGGUCAGAUGGUUGCCAUGGAAACAUUUUGGAAAGACCAAGCCUGUGUGAUCCUCUUCCUGCGGAGAUUUGGAUGACCCUUCUGUCGCCUCGGAGCGAGGCAAAUGAGCACCUUGAAACCUCAGCUGGAUGCCCACCAGGUGCGACUGGUAGGCAUAGGCUUGGAGGAAUUAGGGGUAGAGGAGUUUGUGGAGGGGAAUUUCUUCUCAGGAGAAUUGUACAUUGACCUGAAGAAGGAGUGCUACCAAAACUUGGGAUUUAAGAGACUAGGAUUCUUUAGUGCAAUAGGCUCAGUGUUUUCAAAGAAAGGACGAGAAGCUUCAUCUCAGGCAAAAGCUGAUGCACUUGGAGGCAACCUAAAAGGAGAUGGGUUUCAAAAUGGAGGUGCUCUUGUGGUCAGUUCUGGGGGAGACAAGGUGUUGCUGAGUUUUAAGCAGGAGAACCCGGCAGAUCAUGUAGAGUUGUCAGAAGUGCUAAAGUCGCUGGGAAUAGAGGGCGCUCCAGAGGAGGAUGCUGCCAGUGGGCAGGCCAAGACAUCAGGGGUCACAUGUGACGGAGAUGUGUGCAAGAGAACAUAAAACUAUAUUCGUUGUGCUGAAAUGAACAAACGUGGACAUGUUUUGGACUUAACCAGUUUCAGCGUUUAACACAGUAGUUUGGAAAUGUAUUGAUUUAUUUAGUAAAAAAUGUGUGUAGGACACAAGUUUUGUCAAUUUUUUCCCUAACCAAACUGGUAAAGUCGACAUUGAUUUGCCAGGAAGCAAUGUGUUUUUCUAGCGCAGCACAAAGGCAAACGAUUAGAAUCAUUCCGCGAUUUAGUCAUUUGCCUGUGUCAUGUUUCAUCUUCAGUCAAUGAUUAUUGUUAUAUUUUCCUUUAUUUUAAACAUCUUCCUCUCCUUCAUGCUCCAGAUAAGCAAUUUCAAUAUCUUUACUGUCAAAGUGACGUUUGCAGAGUUGUUGUUGUUCAAUAUGAAAGGAUUACCUCCCUUGGCUGUAUGACGUGGAUCUGGGAAACUCUCGUCGAGUACAGAUUUACUGAAUAGGAACUUUCUCUUAACUGCCAUUAUGGGGGUGCUGCUUCAUAUUGAAGGUCUGUGGUAUAGAUUUUGUGUUUAGCGAGAUAAAUUCAGGCAAAUGGUGACAAAAUUGUUCAUGCUCAAAGUCUGAUUAUGUGUACAAGGUACCUGUAUAUUUAACUGUUGCCCUAUUCUUGUCUUUACUAGUGAUGAAAAAUCAACUUUCACAAAGUGUGUAUUCCCAUCACAGAUUAUGCAGAUUAUAUGAUUUGUUUGUAUAUUUUGGAAUAAACUGCGAAGAGUAAAGUUGC